CCGGGCGUGGCGGCCGUGCUCGCCUUCCCCGGGGCGCGGCCCGAGCUGCUGCAGCUGCACUUCCUGGCGGCCGCCGCCGAGACCCCCGUGCUCAGCGUGCUGCGGCGGGAGGCGCGCGCGCCCCUGGGCGCCCCGAACCCGUUCCACCUGCAGCUGGACUGGGCCAGCCCCCUGGAGACGCUGCUGGACGUGCUGGUGUCGGUGCUGCGGGCGCACGCCUGGGAGGACGUCGGCCUGGCGCUCUGCCGCGUGCGGGACCCCGGCGGCCUGGUGGCCCUGUGGACAAGCCGGGCUGGCCGAGCCCCGAAGCUUGUGCUGGACCUGAGCCGGCCGGCCGCGGGCGAUGCAGGGCUGCGGGCGCGCCUGGCCCCGCUGGGGGCGGCGGCGGGGGGCGCGGUCCCGGUCCCCGCGGCCGUCCUCCUGGGCUGCAAGGCGGCCCGCGCCCUCCGCGUGCUCCAGGUUGCGCCCCCCGGGCCCCGCUGGCUGCUGGGCACGCCGCUGCCCGCCCAGGCUCUGCCCACCGUGGGGCUGCCGCCCGGGCUGCUGGCGCUGGACGAGGCGGCGCGGCCCCCGCUCGAGGCCACCGUCCUCGACGCCGUGGAGCUGGUGGCCCGGGCGCUGGGCAGCGCGGCCCGCGUGCAGCCAGAGCGAACCCUCCUCCCAGCCGCGGUCGACUGCGGCGCCCCGCCACCAGCUGGGUCCGAGUCCUCGGGCCGUUUCCUGGCACGGUUCCUGGCCAACACGUCCUUCCAGGGCCGCACGGGGCCCGUGUGGGUGACCAGCUCCUCCCAGGUGCACACGUCCCGGCGCUUCCAGGUGUGGACCCUCCGCCGGGACCUGCGGGGCGCGCCAGCCUGGGCCACCGUGGGCAGCUGGCGCGACGGGCGGCUGGAGCCGGAACCGGGGAGCAUGGCUGCGAGGCCCCCACCCCCUCCAGGCGCCCGGGCCCGGCCCCGGCUGCGCGUGGUGACGCUGGUGGAGCACCCGUUCGUGUUCGCCCGCGAGCCGGACGAGGACGGGCAGUGCCCGGCUGGCCAGCUGUGCCUGGUGCCCAGCACCAACGACUCGGCCGCCCUGGACGCGCUGUUCGCGGCGCUGGCGGCCGGCUCGGUGCCCCGCAGCCUGCGAAGGUGCUGCUACGGGUACUGCAUCGACCUGCUGGAGCGGCUGGCGGAGGACGCGGCCUUCGACUUUGACCUCUACAUCGUGGGCGACGGCAAGUACGGCGCCCUGCGCGACGGCCGCUGGACCGGCCUGGUGGGCGACCUGCUGGCCGGCCGGGCGCACAUGGCCGUCACCAGCUUCAGCAUCAACUCAGCGCGCUCGCGGGUGGUGGACUUCAGCAGCCCCUUCUUCUCCACCAGCCUGGGCAUCCUGGUGCGCACGCGGGACACGGCCUCGCGCCUGGGCGCCUUCACGUGGCCGCUGCACUGGUCCAUGUGGCUGGGCGUCUUCGCGGCCCUGCACCUCACCGCGCUCUUCCUCACGCUGUACGAGUGGCGCAGCCCCUACGGCCUCACGCCCCGUGGCCGCAACCGCGCCACCGUCUUCUCCUACUCCUCGGCCCUCAACCUCUGCUAUGCCAUCCUCUUUGGCCGCACGGUGUCCAGCAAGACGCCCAAGUGCCCCACGGGCCGCCUGCUCAUGAACCUCUGGGCCAUUUUCUGCCUGCUCGUGCUGUCCAGCUACACCGCCAACCUGGCCGCCGUCAUGGUCGGCGACAAGACUUUCGAGGAGCUGUCGGGGAUCCACGACCCCAAGCUGCACCACCCGUCCGAGGGCUUCCGCGUGGGCACCGUGCGGGAGAGCAGCGCCGAGGCCUACAUCAAGGCGAGCUUCCCCGAGCUGCACGCGCACAUGCGGCGCCACGGCGCGCCCACCACGCCCCACGGCGUCGCCAUGCUCACGAGCGACCCCCCCAAGCUCAACGCCUUCAUCAUGGACAAGGCGCUCCUGGACUACGAGGUGUCCAUCGACGCCGACUGCAGGCUGCUGACCGUGGGCAAGCCCUUCGCCAUGGAGGGCUAUGGCAUCGGCCUCCCCCAGAACUCGCCGCUCACCUCCAACCUGUCUGAGUUCAUCAGCCGCUACAAGUCGUCAGGCUUCAUCGACCUGCUGCAUGACAAGUGGUACAAGAUGGUGCCUUGUGGGAAGAGGGUCUUCGCAGUUACAGAGACCCUCCAGAUGGGCAUCUACCACUUCUCGGGGCUCUUCGUGCUGCUCUGCCUCGGCCUGGGCAGCGCCCUGCUGAGCUCUCUGGGCGAGCACGUCUUCUACCGCCUGGCGCUGCCGCGCAUCCGCAGGGGCAACAAGCUGCAGUACUGGCUGCACACGAGCCAGAGGAUCCACCGCGCCCUCAACACGGAACCGCCCGAGGAGCCGGAGCCCAGGGCUCCCGAGGAGCAGCGGGACACGCCGGCCGCCCCCGCGGGUCCCGGGCGCUGCACACGGGUGCGCGGGGCCGUGGCGCGGGAGCGUCGCGUGCGCUUCCUGUUGGAACCGGCAGUGGCCGCCGCCGCCCCGGACGCGGACGCCGACACCGACACCGACGCGGCCGGGUCGCCCGAGGGCCCCGUCUGGCUCCGCUCCAACGGCCGCCCGCCCGCCGCGCCGCCCACGGGCGCCCCCGGGCCCAGCGAGCGGGAG